AUGGCGGAGAUGUUGCAGCCAUUGGCCGACGGCAUUUGGCACUGGCCGACGCCAUUGCCGACAUGGCUGCCCGACGGCCUUGCCGAGUCGGCCGAAUCUGCUGAGUCUGCCGAAGCCGCCGAAGAGCACCAGAUCCACGAAGCUGCGUCGGCUGCAUCGGCUGCGUCGGCUGCGUCGGCUGCGUCGGCCCAAUGUUCUCAGGAGAUUGACUCCGAGUGCCAAGAGAUUGAUGACGCAGCUACAAAAGCUGCGUGCACGUCACCUGUACGUGCUGUGAAACCCAGGAUGUCGUGUGUUCCGACACAGCGAUUGGAUAGCUUGGCAAGCACGUAUUUGCCUGAGAGCGAGGCAAAGUUCGAUGGCCGAGACGAUGCCAAGCAGCCACAGAGCAAUCCGAGUCAAGAUGAUGCAGAGCACGUCAAGGAGGAUGGAAGAGACAACGGAUACCUCCAAUGUUUUCAGCCAAUCGGGCUAUCAGGUUGCAACAGCUGCAGUUCAUGCUCCACGUGUGAGAUGGCAGAGCCCGUGUCUUUCGCGACGACGUGGCCGACUUGGCCCACCUGGCCCACCUGGGCCGUUUGUUGCCAGACGCCAGUGACGCCAGUCACGGAAGCUGAAGCGGGUGCCGAGCCCGCCUAA